CCGUCAUGGUGGCCCCGGAGGGGCUGCGGGAGAUGGAGGGCAGCGCGCUGCGGCGUCUGGUAGGACGGGAGGAGGCGAGCGGCGGACGCUGCCUGCUGCUGGACUGCCGGCCCUUCCUGGCGCACAGCGCCGGCCACAUCCGCGGGGCUCUCAACGUGCGCUGCAACACCAUCGUGAGGCGGCGGGCCAAGGGGGCGGUCAGCCUGGAGCAGAUCCUGCCGGCGGAGGGCGAGGUGCGGGCUCGGCUGCGCGCCGGGCUCUACACCGCCGUGGUGCUGUACGACGAGCGCAGCCCACGCGCGGAGGCCCUGCGGGACGACAGCACCGUGGCCCUCGUGCUGCGCGCGCUCCGGCGCGACAUGGCGCGCGCCGACAUCCGGCUGCUGGCAGGAGGUUACGAGCGUUUUGCCUCAGAGUAUCCUGAAUUCUGUGCUAAAACCAAGACCCCGACCAGCAUUUCACCCCCCAGCAGCGCCGAGUCCCUGGAUUUGGGCUUCAGUUCAUGUGGGACCCCCCUUCAUGACCAGGGUGGCCCUGUGGAAAUCCUUCCCUUCCUCUACCUUGGCAGCGCCUACCAUGCGGCGCGACGGGACAUGCUGGAUGCACUGGGCAUCACAGCCCUGCUGAACGUCUCAUCUGACUGCCCCAACCACUUCGAGGGGCACUACCAGUAUAAGUGCAUCCCUGUGGAAGACAACCACAAAGCUGACAUAAGCUCCUGGUUCAUGGAGGCAAUUGAGUACAUCGACUCGGUGAAAGAGUGCUGUGGCCGAGUCCUUGUCCACUGCCAGGCCGGCAUCUCCCGCUCAGCCACCAUCUGCCUGGCCUACCUGAUGAUGAAGAAGCGCGUCAAGCUGGAAGAGGCCUUUGAGUUUGUCAAGCAGCGCCGGAGCAUCAUCUCUCCUAACUUCAGUUUCAUGGGGCAGCUGCUGCAGUUCGAAUCGCAGGUCUUGGCCACCUCAUGCGCAGUGGAAGCUGCCAGCCCCUCAGGGACACUGCGGGAGCGGGGCAAGACCACUUCUACCCCUACCUCCCAGUUUGUCUUCAGCUUCCCCGUCUCCGUUGGUGUCCAUGCCACCCCCAGCAGCCUCCCAUACCUGCACAGCCCCAUUACCACGUCACCCAGCUGUUAGCUUGGGGCUAAGGCCAGCCAGGCAGGUAGCACAGAGGGGCACAGAGCCCCGGGAUGUUAAGCAAUAGUGCCGGACACUGCCACUGACCCUGGACUCAAUGUCUUUUUCAUAGAGCAAUUUCUUACCUCAUCUCGUACUCUUUUUUUUUUUUUUUUUUUUUGCUUUUUAUGUUGUGAAAACCACAAACCUUGAUGUUGUCCAGGCUCUGUUUUGGGGGAAGAAAAAAUAGUGUACUGGG